CUCCUUCAUGGACUUCCAAGUGUGGGACUUCCCUGGCCACCUAGACUACUUUGACCCCGCCUUCGACGUGGAUAACAUCUUCGAGGAGAUCGGGGCCCUGAUAUGGGUCAUCGACGCGCAGGACGAGUACCUCGAGGCCAUCAUGCGCCUGAACACCACCAUUCUCAACCUUCAGCAUUCAUACCCCAACAUCAACGUCGAAGUCUUCGUGCACAAGGUGGAUGGGCUGUCAGAAGACUACAAAGGCGAUACCUUCCGGGACAUCAUCCAGCGCGUCCAAGACGAGCUGUCAGACCACGGCUACGAAAACGCGCCCGUCUCCUUCUAUCAAACAAGUAUCUACGACCACUCCAUCUUCGAAGCCUUCUCCAAGGUCAUCCAGAAGCUGAUCCCGCAGCUCCCCACGCUCGAAGCACUGCUGAAUAGCCUGUGCAGCACCUGCCACAUCGAGAAGGCGUACCUCUUCGACAUCAUGAGCAAGAUUUACAUCGCCACGGAUACGAGUCCUACCGACAUUGGGAGCUACGAAAUCUGCUCGGAUUACAUUGAUGUUGUUAUAGAUGUCAGCGAGAUAUACGGGUGGGAUCGACCAGCCGAAAAUGGGCGUACGGAAAUUCAAGAGACGGGCAAUAACGAUGCGGAGAGCCUUAUCACGAUGGAGAGGAAGGGGAACAACUAUCUAUACCUUAGAGAGAUUAACAAGUACCUCGCUCUCAUCUGCCUCAUGGGCGACGAUAGUCCCGCCGAGAAGAAAGCUGUCAUCGACUACAACGUGGGCGUAUUCCAAGCCGCGCUCAAACAAGUCUUCCCGCGGGCGGAAAGAGAAGUCAUCGUUCCAGUCACUUCCCCGUCAUGAUUUAUUCGUUCUGUUCUUUCGGACUAUCCUGUUCGAGUUGGAAAGGCCAUUGUCGGAUUACUGUACGGACCUAUUCUUGACGGCCUACGACAAAAGUUUUAGAUUCUAAUCACGCAUGUGCUUUUAUGAAGAGGCAUGAUAGGAAUAAGUUAGGUGCCGGAGAAACACGUGUAUCAUAGCUAUACAAAGGAAGGCUCAAGAGCUAGAGGCUCGAACAGCCUGGGCUGACAUUCUUGCCAGCCUAUCUAACAAUACACACGGCUGUGAAACC